AGUGCUUCCCUGCAGAAGGCAGUGCUUAGAGUUAUGCCCCUACAUUUUUUUUGAGAGCCCACAGGUUUUCCAGCAGGAUCCCGCGGCUUUUGGAGCAAACUGCUGGGGAGAAAGAGUCCAGGCAGCUCUAGGCAACCCCUUUGAGAAGUUUUCCCAAACAAAAAGCAAGCAAAAAAAAAAUCUUUCUAAACAGCUUUGGAAAGCUGUUCUAUUUGUACACAAGGCUUUGCUUUGCAGCUCCCUGGUGCUACCCAGCGCCUCCUGUCUCCCACCCCCUCCUCACUUUUAUUUUUAACUGGAAGGACAAACAACGACAGCCAUGCAAAGGAAAACCCGAGCUUUGUAGAGCUUUUGCCCUCCGUGGGCACUCCUGAAGGCUGUGUCCGGGUGCUGUCACCCCAGCCUCGGUGCUCCCGUCGCCAGCUGCCCCCGAGCCGUUCACCCUCGCUGGGAGCUGGGCGAUGCUCAGCGAGGGAGAGAGCCCAGCCAGAGGGACCCAGCACAGGGCCAGGCGCGGGGCGGGCUCUGGCUCCAAUAAUGCAUCCCUGCCCAAUGGAAAGCGUUUCCUACAGAGACCCCCAAGGGUUCCCCCUGCCCACAGCCCCUGCACAGACAUUGGGCCCAUUCUUGCGUCCCGUUUCCCAAGACACGAUGGCUGCAGCCUUCAGCAGUUUUGUUCCCUCUCCGAACAAAGGAACGGAGAGAGCUGCCGGGAGCUUUGCGUUUUAAAGAUGAACGGCAAACUUUUAGGAGCGAGAGCACGCUGAUCUUCCGCGUGGGACUAGCUCGGCGUUGGCUCCGCGCAGGAGAAAAGGACAAAUGGGGGCUGUCAGGGGGGAAUCGGUCCGAAAUCCGCCGAGCGGCUCGGUGCCACGGGCGUGAUCUCAGCCCCGGCCGCUCUGCCCCGAGUAUUGCAAUGAGACAGAAAAUGUGAAAAACUGCACCUUCCAGUUUUCUGAGGGACAGCAGCGGUAACAUUAGCUGCGCCUGAGCUCUGCAGCCCGCACCGGAGAGAGGACGCACCCCCAGCCGUAAGAUGGUUGCCCUCCUCCAGCCUGUGACCUCAUGGCUGGAGCACAAGAGGAGGAAUUAAGGCAAUUUUACCCAAACCUUCAGCCAGAUCCUGGGGAAAGGGAGCAGGAUAGGAAGGAUGAAAGGACUUGCAAUGAAGACUUGGUAGCAGGGUGUCAAGCAACCUUCCUGGAAUGCAUUUCUUCAGGAAGAAGAGAGAUCCCUGCCUUGUUUUAUGGAUGGCACUGAAGUAGACUUUGAAGUUCUUUGGAAGCACAUCACAAACUUGGCAUGGGAAACCACAGCAACAAUCAUACCUGUUUGACAGAUGAUUCCUUCAAGUACAACCUGUAUGGAGCUGUGUACAGUGUGGUCUUCAUCCUUGGUUUAAUUACCAACUGUGCCUCCCUCUUUGUUUUCUGCUGUCGGAUGAAAAUGCGAAGCGAAACGGCCAUUUUCAUGACAAACCUGGCAGUUUCAGAUCUGCUCUUUGUGUUCACUUUGCCUUUUAAGAUCUUUUACAAUUUCAACAGGCAUUGGCCUUUUGGAGAUAGCCUGUGCAAGAUUUCUGGUACAGCAUUUCUCACCAACAUCUACGGUAGCAUGCUGUUUCUCACUUGUAUCAGCGUUGACCGUUUCCUCGCUAUCGUCUAUCCAUUCCGAUCUCGUACCAUAAGGACCAGAAGAAAUUCAGCCAUCGUCUGUGCUGGUGUUUGGAUAUUGGUCCUCAGCGGUGGAAUUUCUGCUUCAUUGUUUUCCACAACCAACAUCUCCAACUCCAGCACAACCUGUUUUGAAGGUUUUUCCAAACGUAUCUGGAAAACCUAUUUGUCUAAGAUUACUAUAUUUAUUGAAGUGGUAGGAUUCAUAAUUCCUUUGCUACUUAACCUUACAUGCUCUUCUUUAGUUCUCAGGACCCUCCGGAAACCUGCCACCUUGUCUCAGAUCGGGACAAACAAAGAGAAAGUAUUGAAAAUGAUCAUUGUGCAUGUGGCCAUUUUCGUCGUGUGCUUUGUGCCUUACAAUUCCAUACUCUUCUUGUAUGCCCUUGUGCGGUCCCAAGCGAUAGCAAAUUGCUCCUUGGAGAGGUUUGCAAGGACAAUGUACCCAAUCACGUUGUGCAUUGCAACAAUGAACUGCUGCUUUGACCCAUUCAUCUAUUACUUCACAUCGGAAUCCUUCCAGAAAUCUUUCAACAUAAAGACCCAGAUAAAAAUGGAUUCUCUUUUCAAGACUGAGACCCCUCUCACAAAGACUGCGCUACCAGCACCACAGGAUGAAAUAAGUGACCAAGCUAUUACAAAUGGGGGAGAUCCAACAUCUGAAUCACAUUUCUAGUGCCAUGUUUACACAUGGAGUUAUCCCCCAUUACUUUUUGAUUAACACCAUGUGUGAACUAGUUCUUUCAGAGCAUAUGGGUUCUUGCAUGGCGUUAAUGAAGAAAAGCUACUUGGGGAUAACUACACAGGUAGACAAAUUGUUAUACCAGGAUUGCCCCACCAGAUGUGACAGGCAAGCAUUACAUAGAAAUCCUGGUGGACCUCUUCAGAGAGCAUGGAUGGCUGACAAAUGCACCAGCUAAGAAAGGAACAGAACAGAUUCUUUAACCUAAUAUGCCAACAUUUGGCAAUUUUUCCCCUAGUGGUUAACAUAGGACCAGCUGGGAAAAAAAAUAUUUUUUUCUUAGAGAUCUGUCAAUAUUCCAUGCCUUCUGGAAAUGCAUCAUCAUAUGUUAACUCAAUAACUUCACACAAUAUGUAUGUUUGCUUAAAAAGGCAUAAUAAAAGCUUUUGGCUUUUCCUUAUUUCACUACAAGAGUAUAUAGAUCCUGGCUUUACUAGGUACAGGCAUAUUAAGUUUAUUGUAUGGAAAGGUUUGGAAUCUAAACUGUUUUGAAAGUAGGCAGAUCAGUUACUUGAUAUAAAAAAGUAAAAAUGAUGCAGCUUUGAAAUAAGUUUCAUUUUUGUAAGAUUAACAUGUCUUGUAAUUUAUUUUAAACGACAUCUCCAGGGAAAAUUCAAGAGCACAUUACUGCUCUGUUGCACCUGGGUUUUUACAUCCCAGGAGAUUAUGGGACUUAGCCCAUAAAGUCAGCUGAAGGAAAGGGCCUGAAGCCCCAGAGUUCCUGCCAGCCCAAGUCUCUUAUAUGGAAAUUGCAUACAGCUGAAGGGCUGAAGAACCUUGGAGUACUGACCUAACAAAAAAGCAUGUUUGGACACAGAAAAUUGGUGUCAGCACAUCCAAUUAACAGAAGAUCUCAUAAGUGAUUGCUUGCUGGUUUGCCUUUUUUUUUUUUUUUUUUUGCUACACAAUCAACUAAUUAAACUAGGUCUCAAAAUAACCCCAAGAGAAUAGUAAGUAAAAACAAGUUAGUCACACUCUUUUCCUAGUUGCAGCAAUGUUUUCUUGUUUUGCAAUUAAUUUAUUGCAUAGCCUGCAUUUCCUCUUAUAGAUAUAAAUUAUACAAAUGUGGAAAGUUAA